UCUGCUCCUGCUGCAGCCGCGGCUCCCACUACGGUCGUGGCCCCACUCGGCGCGGCUGUCCGAGCCACGCGCCCGCAGCGCCCGCAGCGCCUGCAGCGCCCACUGCUCUGGGGCCCAUGUACUGGAAGCAUGAGAGCGCCGCCCCGGCGCUCCCCGAGGGCUGCCGGCUGCCUGCCGAAGGCGGCCCGGCCGCCGACCAGGUGAUGGCCCAGCCAGGGUCCGGCUGCAAAGCGACCACCCGCUGUCUGGAAGGGACUGCGCCUCCCGCCAUGGCUCAGUCGGACUCCGAGGCGCUGGCAGGCGCUCUGGACAAGGACGAGGGUCGGGCCUCCCCUUGCACGCCCAGCACACCGUCUGUUUGCUCGCCACCCUCUGCCGCCUCCUCCGUGCCGUCUGCCGGCAAGAACAUCUGCUCCAGCUGUGGCCUGGAGAUCCUGGACCGAUAUCUGCUCAAGGUCAACAACCUCAUCUGGCACGUGCGGUGUCUCGAGUGCUCCGUGUGUCGCACGUCGUUGAGGCAGCAGAACAGCUGCUACAUCAAGAACAAGGAAAUCUUCUGCAAGAUGGACUACUUCAGCCGAUUUGGGACCAAGUGCGCCCGCUGCGGCCGGCAGAUAUACGCCAGCGACUGGGUGCGGCGGGCACGUGGCAAUGCCUAUCACCUGGCCUGCUUUGCCUGCUUCUCUUGCAAACGCCAGCUGUCCACCGGCGAGGAGUUUGGCCUGGUGGAGGAGAAGGUGCUGUGCCGCAUCCACUACGACACCAUGAUCGAGAACCUCAAAAGGGCCGCCGAGAACGGGAACGGCCUCACGUUGGAGGGGGCAGUGCCCUCGGAACAGGACAGUCAACCCAAGCCGGCCAAGCGCGCACGAACAUCCUUCACCGCCGAGCAGCUGCAGGUUAUGCAGGCGCAGUUCGCGCAGGACAACAAUCCCGACGCGCAGACGCUGCAGAAGUUGGCGGACAUGACGGGCCUCAGCCGGAGGGUCAUCCAGGUGUGGUUUCAAAACUGCCGGGCACGGCAUAAAAAGCACACGCCGCAGCAUCCGGUGCCGCCCUCGGGGGCGCCGCCCUCUCGCCUCCCCUCCGCCCUGUCCGAGGACAUCCACUACUCCCCGUUCAGCAGCCCCGAGCGGGCGCGCAUGGUCACCCUGCACGGCUACAUCGAGAGUCAGGUACAGUGCGGGCAGGUGCACUGCCGGCUGCCUUACACCGCACCCCCUGUCCACCUCAAAGCGGAUAUGGAUGGGCCGCUCUCCAACCGGGGUGAGAAGGUUAUCCUUUUCCAGUACUAACACUGCCAACACUUCCGCAUCUGUCCACGGGCACCUGCCAGCUGCCCCUCAGCCGCUGACCUCCAGCGUCCGAGCCAUGGCCGGGGAUCCAGCUGCCUCUGCAUCCACCCCGCCCUCCGUCCUGCCCACCACCAGUUCGGCCCCCCAGGCCUGGCCUUCCCCUCUCCUGCUGAGAUCCAGAACCCACCAGGAGCAUCGCUGUCCUCUUGGAAGGCAGACCACCCUGAGAUUUGGACUCAGGGUGCCAGCAACAGCCUGUGUUUUCCAUUUACAUGAGAAUCAUCUUCAACUGAAGCCCAUCACAAUAGCAAAAAGGCAAAAUGGAAUCAUACAACACCAACAGGCUUCUGGUUUACAGGUUUUCUUC